AUGGCGCCCAAGCGCACCAGGCGCAAAAAGCAAGGGGAGGGGUUGCCUGUACCUGCAGAGGAGACAGCUCCGCCUGGGAAUAAAGACGACGAGACAGAAGUGCGACGCGGCAGCAGCGCGGGCGCCAGCAGUAGCAGCAACAUCACAGCAGCUGGUACUACUAAGCAGAAGCGCGCCAGCCGGGGCACUUCGAAAAAGGCAGCCAAAGGAGUUACGGCAAGCAGCGACGAGGAACAAGCGAAGGGUGAAGAGCGGGUCACCAUACAGAGACUACCGUACGAGGAUUUCCUAGUAUUACCCCGCCAAGCCGAGCACGUCCUCAUCGCGUUGGGUCUACGAUCACCCCAGGAAACCUCCAGUCCUGCAGGUGUCAAUGAGGUUGGGAGUCCCUCCGCUCCUGCCACCCCCUUGGCGGCUGGCCGCAGUGGCUCCAUCGGCACCAUCUUGGAGCUGGCCAGCUACCUGGGGCGAUCCGAUCCUAAGGAGCUGGCCACUCCAUUGCUCAUAGCGCAGUACCAGGGCUACUUGGGCCCAUCGCCGGAUUACCUGUAUGACCUAUUUUGCUUGGACUACGAGCCCCCAUACCUCUCGAGCGGCGCUGUCAAGGACGCGGCAGUGGCGGCGGCGCGCUCCAUCUCCCACGCAUCCUCCCUGCUGUCGGCCAAAGGGACACCGCCGGAGACGUUAGCGCGGGCGGCGAUGGACUGCCUGCAGGCCCACGUGGGGAUGGAGGUAGUGGCUGCACAGGAGGUCCAGGCUCCCCGGCUGGCAGAGGCGCAGCUAGAGCUGUUUCUGCUGGACUGGGCGUCUGCCCGCCUAGCCGGCCUCAAGGGCGAGCUAGGUAUACCUUAUUUGGCUCGCCGUUGUGCGGCGCUACAGCUGACUCGGCCCAUAGUGCUGGAGCGGCUGUAUCGUUACACCGUCCAAGGGGACAGCCUGCAGGACCUUGCAUCCGCAGGCGGCCGGACAGUGCGGCUAUCACAGCCUAUGGACGCGCUACUUGAGGGACUCAAAGCAGGGGUACGGAUAGAUCCGGAGCGGCUGCUGAACGACUUCCGGCUGAGCUCGCUAGGUGCCCCGCUGCGGGAGCACCUGCAGGAGGUCUGGCGGGCGGUGGUUCAGGAGGCGGCUCGCAGCCUGGAACCCGGGAGUGCCAUGUACUACACCGCGCUGGUGGAGAAGCUACACGUCAAUCUGGGGAUCAGGGCGGCACUGAAGCAGCAGGAGGCCGAAUGGCAGCAGGAGCAGGGCGAACGGGAUGGCAGCACGCUGACUUACGCGCAGUUGCGGCUGCUCUUCCAUCUUUGGCGCCUGGAGCGAUUUCGCGCUGAGGAACAGGCGCGGCGGCGGAGGCAAGCAGCCGCAGCUACGCCGGGCGGUACACCAUAG